ACUUGUCUCAUCCAAUAGUCUCCUUCGCUCAACACUCGUUAGUUAUAUAUAGAUUUGUUUUUCUCUUCCCAUUUAUCAACUUGUUUCCGGAAAAAUUUGUGAUCGAAUGUGUGCUAGUGGUGAGACUUGCGAGCAGAAAAGAAGUUGAGUGUGUUGUAUUUCACACAAGACAAGCCAAGACAAAAAUUGUUGCAUCAUGUCUAAACUACGGUGGCAGCUUAACAAUGCAGUAGAACUAUGACUCAUGUCCAGCUAUCAUCAGCAGCUGUCUCACCCUAACCCUAAUUCUGUCCUCCAUUACUGAAGUAACCCGUUUAAGAUGUCAGCAACAGCAGCCAUAACACCCAAGUUUUCUAUGAUGACAACCCCUUGCAGGAUAUGCUUUAAGGCAGCCAAGUGGUUGCCAGUCCUUUUUAUUGUGACUGUGGUUGUGUGGUCAUACUAUGCCUAUGUGAUCCAACUCAACCUCCUUACUAUUACAAGCAUCAUAGAAAAAUGUUUUUAUCUGAUUGUGUACCAUGUACUGCUGGGACUCUUCUUGUGGGCAUAUUGGCAAACAAUUUUCACAGAUAUUGGUGUAGUUCCUAAACAGUUUAGAUUACCACCCACUGAAUUGGACCGCUACGAGUCAGCAGAGACAGAUGAAGUGAGACGAGAUGUCUUGGAAAGGUUUAUCCAGAAGCACAGCCUUCCUGUGUAUAACCGCACCAUGACUGGCGACAUUCGUUACUGUGAUAAAUGUGUGCAGGUGAAGCCAGACAGAUGCCAUCACUGUUCAGUGUGUGGAGUGUGUGUCCUUAAACUGGACCAUCAUUGCCCCUGGGUCAACAACUGUGUCGCCUUCUCAAACUACAAAUUCUUCAUCCUAUUUUUGGGUUAUGCCCUUUUAUACUGCCUCUUUAUUGGAGCCACAACCCUACAAUAUUUCAUAAAGUUUUGGAAAAAUCAGCUUGAUGUUGAUGGAAAAUUCCACAUAUUGUUCGUCUUCUUCGUUUCCAUUAUGUUCGCCAUCAGUCUGGUAUCAUUGUUUGGAUACCAUGUCUUCUUAGUUGUCAAGAAUAGGUCUACAUUAGAAUCAUUUCGUGCUCCCAUCUUCCGGUUAAAUCAUACCUGGAUGCAAGAUAAAGAUGGCUUCAGCCUGGGGGCUUUCAAUAACUUCAUUGAAGUCUUCGGGGACGACGAGAAGCUAUGGUUCCUGCCAAUGGCCUCCAGUCUAGGCGAUGGUGUAAGUUACCCGGUGCGCGGCCAACAGCCCCCUUCUACCACUACUGCCACCACUUCCCCUGUGCAAUCCUAUGGCAGCACACAGACCAGUUUGGGUGACGGAGUUACCUAUCCUCAGCGUUGUGUAGAUGAAGACACAGAUGAUUUGUUAGGUGCCCGUCAGCGCUGGGCUGAAGAUGAUGAAGAAAAUGAAAUGAUAUGUACUGGAUACACUAACAACCACACACAUGCACUGGAGGAAGUUGUGGUUCAGGCCAACCAUACUAAUCCUGUUUAAACUUUGUCUCUUGGAAGAAGUCCCAAACUGCAUAUAUUGAUUUAAAAACUCGCUUGAGAAGACCUCUGCAUCUUAAGACACCCUGGGAAAAGGAUUUGUAUAUCUUCUAAAAUUGGUUUAGUCUCAGUCUCUUGAAAGAUGAUCUAUGCAUCAACAAAUAUUGGUUAAGUAACUAAUGGCAAUAAGUUUAUCUGCAAUUUUCACCUAUAAAAUGAUUGUUAAAAUGUUAGGAUAACCCAGAAAAUGUUUGCUUAAUUUGUUUGGUGUCACCAUUAGUAAACUGGAUAGUCUCUAAGGAAGCAGGAAAGAUGAAUUUAAUUUUAAUAUUCAUAGUAAAUUUUUAAAAUUUUAUGUUGGCAGUGCAGCACAAUGUGGUUAGGUCUGUCAAGAGGAAAUACUGCAACUAGGGUUAAAAAUGCUGAGCUUUCACAUGUAGAUAUAAAGUUGAGUGUGUUAGUUCUGCUAAUGUCUAAUUAGAUGUAUUAAACCACUUGAAGACUGAUAUUUAGUCUCAAAGUUGUUUAAUCAGAUUAAGCCAUUUUAAUGUGUUGCCCUCUAAACGUGUAUAGUUUUGGUAACCACAAAAGCCAUUUUAAAUAUUCUUCCCAGUCAUUGUACAGGUCUGAUGAUUUUCUAGGACCUAAAUUAUAAGUACAUUUACAGUACUAUUUUUUUCAUGACAAAUAUUUUAAAUAUCAGUCAUGAAUAGAAACCAAUAUCCAGUGAUUUAACAAUGUUUACUUACUUAAUUAUUUAAUGUUAUUUAAUUAAAAGUACUUGCACUAUUGUUAACAAUUAUUGUACAGUAUUUUGAAUAGCUUUUAAAAACUAAAUUUCCAGAUAUUAAAAUGUCAUGUAAUAUAUUUUAAAUUAACUUUUUUCAGCUUAAGAAAUUUAUAUUUGUAUAAAAAGUGGAGAAGUUAAGAGGAAGUUUAAUAACCCAGUGAACUAAAUAGAAAAGCACAAGAAUGUGACACCAUAUGAUAUGCCUAAUAAUUCUUUUAUUAUGUUAUUCUUAUAUUAACAAUGAAGAAAGUUACACUUUCUGCUAAUACAGGAGAGACUUGGAGAAAUCUACAUGCCUAGAUGCAUUUAAUAUAAUUUUCUAUACGCGUGUUUGUACAUGUGUGAAUUUGUAUAAUGUGUGCAUGUAUGUGCACCCGUAGUUUCCUUUGUGAGCGUGCUUUUGUGACUUACAUGAGUAAAUUUAGUAACUUUUAUAUUUAUGCUAAUGUACAUUAUACACGAGUGUAGAAGUAGAAUGUGUGAUAAACUGUACUCAAUAGCCUUACUCAUUUAGGCUCUUGUGUAUGUAUCAUCUGGUGAAAGGACUGGUGAGUUUGUAUUUUUAGUCAAAUUAAAAUUACAAAGAUUUUGUAGCUUUAGGUUAUUAUUAUUAAUGUUUUCAGUAUUGGAUUCUAUCUACUUUCUUUUUAAAAAUGUAUGUACAUAAACACACAAUAUAUACAAUGUGUGCAUACACACUGUAUAUACAUGUGUGCACACAAACCAGUUCAUAAAUAUGUUAGAGUAGUGAUAUGCAGCAAGGGUUGUAAGCAAGUGAAAGGAACUUGAAGUAAAGUUGCCUGAGAUUCCAUGUACAGCUUUAAAAGGUGGUUUAAUAUAGCACUUGAAAGUUGAGAAAUAUUCACAACAGGUACCUGAUAGCUAUGAGGUGGGACAUCAUUAUCUGUAGACACAAGCAAGCAUAUAACCAUACAAGGUUACUCCACAGUCGUUCCUUAGAGAGAAAAAUUCACAUCUAGUAUCUCACAAGCUAAAGAAUAGCAACCCGAGCCUGCAUACCAUAUUGAGCACCUCAAUAUGGGAUAAAAGCAUGGGUUAUUUUUAUUGUCCUAUUUGAUUACUCGUACAAUGGGGUUGGGAAUAAAUCACACGACAUACCCAUAAAUUACUCUGUAUAACAUUCUUUAAACAUUAUUUUGCUAGUCUCCUUCAGUUAUGUUGGAUAUUUCAAUCGGAAUACAUAUACUGUAACUUUAUUAUAAGUUUAAUUUUUGCAUUUGGUUGAUUAGUUUUGGUAUUUUAUUACUCGCCAUCCAUUACUAUAUGAAUCAGGUGCCCAGGAUGACUUCCAAUCUGGAUUUAAGGUUUCAUAAUAAGUUUCAUUUGAUUUAUUCAUGUGGAGUAUAAAAGGUUGUUUUUAAAAGGAUGCACACAGCUUUAAGGGUGGUAAGUGCUCUUCAUAGUUGUAUAAAGCAACCGUCUUAAACAAAAUAUGAAAUUGUGAAUGUGGUGGGUAAUGGUGAUGUGCAUUUGACAUUUAUUGUGGACCACAAAGAGGAAGAGGAAUAAUGUCUCAAGCUCUUGUGUAGUUUAAUAACUACAGAUAACACAGAAUGGAAUCUUGUGUAGUUUGUUACACUUACCAUUGUUAUUAAAUUUUUAUAAGAAUGCUACAAUAUCAUGUAACUAUGCUCUCCAUGCUCACAAUGUACCAUUUGCCUUUUUUUCUUUAGUAUAAUCCAGUUUGUCAGUACUUAAAAGAAUUUGAGUCAAUUGUAGUUAUGGCAAGGGUCAAUUCACUAAGAAAACAUUUUAACGUGUAUCUUUUUAUAAUAAAAUAUUUAGUCAGACGCA